AUGGCAAGAUUUAAACAUGUCUCACAAGAUUAAUUUCAUUGUGAAAAUGUUAGUUAAUCACUAUGCGUGAGUGCAUGCGUUUGUGUGCUAAAGUUGCCUAAAAUUGUUGGUGUUGAACUUUGCGGUGUUUCACACACUGGAUAUUUGUUCGAUAAGUACCUACUGGAAUUAUGGAAGUGAAGGAUAAAACAACAUUCCGAUGGCACGUAAACUUAAUUUACUUAAGUUUAUUGCUGACGUCAGUUUCGAGUGUGGAAGAAAAUCAGCCUGCGAUAUUUCUGACUCCCCGUAAUUUUAACCCUCAUCCCUAUGAAACUAGUUAUGACCUCGGGGAGCGCACGGAUGUGAAUAGGGUAGGCCCUGUGGUGUUUCCUUCAGCACCCCCAGAAGAUGAUGCACUUAAUAACAAUGUUGUAACCCUUGCACAAGAGCGACAAAUUAAUCAUCCGAUAGAUAAUCAUCCAUAUGCAAGAGUCGCCAGAAAACGAAAGUAUAAUUUUCCCAGUAGAUUUCAGCCAGAUGAGAAUAACGACAUAAAUCCGAAGGUGUAUGAAGCUUUAUCCAACCACGCAGCGAAAGUGCUUUCUGAGCCAGCCUCUCAGUUAAGGAAGGAUUACACUCUCUCCUCAUUAUCCAACCAAAGAAAGAAUUACGCCUUUUCAUACAAAGUAGUGGAUCACUUAACAGGCGACGACUUCUCUCACACUCAAUCCCAAAAUUCCCGAGCCACGAAUGGGGAAUAUAGGGUAAAAUUGCCAGACGGCAGGGUGCAAAUAGUGUCAUACAUAGCCGACAAAAACGGCUACAAAGCAGACGUCAAAUACACAGAAAACGACGUUUCAGCGCAGAAUAUACAAAUUCAACACAGGAGCCAAAUCCGGCCGAUACCUAUUCUGAAGGCGAAUUCUUACGAUUACCAAUACGAUCACAUAAGCGGAUCGCAUUUGCCUACGGAGUUGCGUGCGUUCGAUGAGAACAAGGUUUUAUACGCACCUUUACCAACGCAGCCGAGCAAAGAUGAUUACCAAGAUUACAAUACUUACGUCGCCGCCACACCCGCCCCCAGCACCGACAUUUACCCGAAAAGCUCUGUUCAUUUUUCAGCGGGGAAUGCGCAGCCGAAGGUAGAAAUUUACACAAACAGCGGCGAAAUAAAUGGAUUGGGUAAUUAUGUCGGAUCAACUGUGGCUCCCUAUUUGUUAGAGAAUGCCAAGGGAUACCAGGAGGACGUCGUCGGCUCGACCGUGACUCCCACGUUGGCGGCAUACACUCCAGUGUAUAAGGUGUAUUAACACCCCACUUAGCAUCGCCUAAAAUCAACAAGAAGCUCUCGUGGUUUAUGGUAAUAAAAAUUAGAUUCAUUCCUGUGAAAACACUCUCGCCUGAUUUGCUGUUGCGGUACAUAUUAAAUUAAGUUUAGUCAGCAGGAAAUGUACGUAAGAAAUGAGGAAGGUGUGUGCUGCGAAGUGUAUAUGCGGUUUUUGGGUUUGGUUUUGUAUUAAAGUCCUAUAUAUUUUAUUUAUUUAUGUACUUAUUUAAGUAUAAAUAAUACAUUUUCCAUUAUAUGUAUGAAAAUUAUAAAACAAUACGAAAUACGAAUA